AUGUCCCGGUCCCCGGGAAUGGCGUCACCCGGAGGAUACUCCUCCGGUAAUCCCUCGGGAAUCAAUUCCCCUAGCGUGCAUUCCGGAGUAAAGCGGCUCUCUGCAGAGGAUCGCCAACGGCUAGCUAAUAUGCUGCGCGCGCUGCAGCUGCAGCAGCAAGCGCACGCGGAAGCGCCCGCUCCCGCCUCCGCGGAAGCGAGCGCUGGCGCAAGCAGGCCGGCGGAAGGCGGAGCGGAACGUCCCGCGGAAGCUGGCGCAGAGAGGGGAGCGGAUAUGGCGGUGGAUGCGCCGGCGUGCGCGCAGGGGGGGGAGCGGGAGAGGCAGGGGCGCGACAUGGGGGGGGCGAAUGGGGAAGCAGCGGGGAUGUGGGGCGAAUCGCCGUCGUCGCCGUCGUCUCCUCCUCCUGGGGGCGCCAUGAGCCGCAAGGACAUUCUGGAAAUAGUGCGCAAGCAUUCAGGUGCGCUGGUGUGCGGCCAGCGGCGUCACGGGACGGGGCGGGAGCGGGAGGCGGCGCAGACGGCGCUGAUGAUGGACCGGCAGUACUGGCGCGAGAUGGCAGACCUCUUCUAUUGUGCGCGGCGUGCAGCUGAGGGGGGACCGCAACCCAAGACGGUUCUUUCCGGGAUGUUGGCGCAGACGGCGCUGAUGAUGGACCGGCUGUACUGGCGGGAGAUGGCAGACCUCUUCUUUGUGCGCGGCGUGCAGCUGCGGGUGAUGCCACUCAAGAUGGGUCGUUCGGGGACGUGGUGUUCUUUGUCAGAGACGAGGUGGGUAGGUGAAAGGGAGGUGCGUCACCUGUGGGAUGACAUUGUGCCGUGGUUGCUGCCGUGGUCCCUCCCACUCACCCGUCCCUCCCACUCACCCGUCCCUCCCACUCACCCGUCCCUCCCACUCACCCGUCCCUCCCACUCACCCGUCCCUCCACUCACCCGUCCCUCCCACUCACCCGUCCCUCCACCUCACCCGUCCCUCCCACUCACCGGUCCUUCCCACUCACCUAGCCCUCCCACCCACCAUCGCUCCCACUCACCCAUCGCUCCCACUCACCCAACCCUUCCACUCAACCAACCCUCCCACCACCCAUCCCUCCCACCACCACCCGCCACCAUGUGCAGUCGCCUGCAGCAACACCCUGUCAGGCAGAUGGGGGCUGGGGGAGAUUCUGGGCGGAAGUGGGGAGAGCAUAGACUGGCGGCGCACCUUCUAUCGAACCUCAUCUGCCACACUGACUACUCCCUCACAUCGCUGUCUGCAGUGCACGGCCCUGGAGAACCAGAAGCGGUAGGACGAGCCCAGGACCCAGAGGUGACAGAGGCGUUUCCCAACAUCUGCUUCGCCAUUGACUCCUCUGACCGCGCCCCACAGUGCCCCACACAUAGACAACAGGACCCGGAGGUGACAGAGGCGUAUCCCAACAUCUGCUUCGCCAUAGACUCCUCUGACCGCGCCUUCGAGUCCGUGGGGCAGCGACCACGGUUUUUUGUGUUGCUGAGCGCGCACAGGGGGGCGGCCUUCCCUGCUCAGGACACUGUGCUCAAGGGCAGCGACCACUGCUUCUGUGUGCUGCUGAGUGCGCACAGGGGGGCGGCCUUCCCCGCCCAGGAUACUGUUGAGAAGACCCUCGCGGACGGGCAGCGCCGCGUGCUGCAGCGCGGCACCAGCAGCGAGGCCAAAGUGCUGGGAGAGGCGUCAGGCGAUGGACCCAAGGUGAGGAGGGGUGGGGUUGGGAGAGGCGUCAGGCGAUGGACCCAAGGUGAGGAGGGGUGGGGUUGGGAGAGGCGUCAGGCGAUGGACCCAAGGGGGUUGGAUGAGGAAGUGAGGGGGUUGGGGACAGCCGUGCGGGGUGCCAUAGAAGGCAUGUUGCAGCGUGGCACCAGUAGCGAGGCCAAAGUGCUGGGGGAGGCGUCGUCAGGGAACGGGCCCAAGGUGUGGGGAGGGUGGGGGUUGGAUGAGAGGGCUGGGGGGGAGGCUUCAGGGAAUGGGCCCAAGGUGUGUUGGGUGGGAGAUGGGGAAAGGCUGGGAAGAUGGAUCACACUCUUCUCUGGCUUUGUGAGCUACCCCAUGCUCAAGACCUCCUUCCAAGCAGGUCUCUUCUCCAUGUGGGGUUCUGCGUCCCCCUCCCCCAUGAAGCCAGCCGGGCUGCCGGGCUGGUUCUCCGUGGCCCGGGGGGCAAAGGAGCCGCCAACCUUGCAGUCUGCCCCCUCCCCCUUCCUCCACUUCCCCCCAAGCCGCCACUCUCCCCUCGGCCCCCGCUCGCCCCCAAACCCCCUCUCUCCCCCCGGCACCCCUCUCGGACCCACACGUCUCGGCCCUCCCACUCUUCUCACUCUCAGCCGUCCUCUCGGUUCCAACUCCCACCAUCCCAGCAGCCUCUUUCCCCCUCGGCCCGCUCCCAACAUGCUCCUCCCUCCCUCUCCUCCCCCACCCAUCCCAACUCCCCCCCACCGCAACAGUCACCUACCCACCCUUCCCUCCUGUCUCCAACCAGCCCUCCCCCAGCCAUCACCCACCAGCCCAUUACACCCAAACCGCCCCCAACCGCCCAAUUGCCCUCCAAAAUCCAACCACUCGCCAUCACAGAAUAACCCAUCCGCAUCCGGCCGUCCGUCCAGCGUUCCGGUGCAAUCCGGCCGUCCAUCGAGGCCGUUGCAUCGGCGCAUGCCGUCGCUGCAGGAGCUGCAGAGCAAGCUAUGGGCAGUGCAAGCAGAGCUCAUGGACCUCCUGGACACGCACCUUCCAGCAGCAAAUCCCCUCCGCCCUUCCCCCAGCAAAGCCAGCCAAGGAGGAGGCACGGAGGCUGCGGCUGCUGGAGCUACAGGGGGAGCUGCGGCUAGUGCAGGAGCAGCUGCAGAUGCUGCAGUCUCAGAGCAAGGGCAAGCGCCCGCCACCCCUCUGAUCACCACCACCGGCAGCGGCCCCCUCCAUCCCGAUCCAUGCAGGCCUCACGGGGGAAAGCCAGAGGGCCUGGUGCCGCUGGUGCUGGCAGUGCUGGGGGUGUUGGUGGUCCUGAUAGCGUUGGUGUAA